GAAAGGAACAGGACAAGACAGCUGUAAAAGCUGUUACCAUAACAACUGCCAUAUCACUGUCUAGACAACAAAGACAUGACUUUCCAGGUACUCCAAGGAAGUUAAAAAAGUCACAUGUACCAAUCAAACCAUCUUGUAGGAAAAUAUCCAAAUUUGUAUUAAAGUAAGACAAAAUAGGAUGUCAUCUGGAGACGUAUCCAUGGUUAUGAAAACAAUGUUAUUUGUUGUUUACAAAAAAAAAAAAUUAAUCCCGCGGGAAUCCCGUACAUCACCUGGUCGAGGCAAAGGCCUGGUGGCAUUGUGGUGAGUGCAUGUGUUAUGUCCUGCGCUGUGCAGAGAAAGAGGCUGUCGCGAAGAGAAGGGAAAAAAGUCCAGAAAAACAGCCGAAAAAAAUACCAAAAUAUCCUUUCUCAUUAAACCUUUCAUUACCUCACUUGACUGUACUGCCAGGUCAGUUUACUGGAAGUUUUCAGGGCGCUGGACUCGCUAAAGAAAAACAGUAGAAUGAAAUAUCGAAGUCGAAAGUGAGUCAAGACUUAUCGGCUGUUCUCGCUUUUUUCUCGGAUAUUUGUGGGGUUAGAGCCGGCGUGGUGAAGCUAUUUGCCUCGAUUGUGUUCAUAUUAUGAGUUCAGGAGAAGAAGAAAAUGUCGAGGGAAUUGAAAAUUCUCCCAUCGAUGAAUCAGAUCCUGUUUUCCGUUCUGUGGCUGAAGCCGAUGUAAGCUUGGAUGAGAUGAUGAGUCUCGCAUGUCGGCAAGGAAAACUGGACAUUGUCGAGUUACUACUGGAGAGUGGAGCACACGUAGAUUAUCGUAAUAAAGCCGGCAAUACCCCCUUACUAGAAGCUUGUAGCCAAGGUCAUGUUGAUGUAGCAAGGUAUUUACUAGACCAUCACGCAAAUAUCGAUGCACCCACAGAGACGACGUCGGACAGUGCCCUCACUUGGGCUUGUACUCUUGGGAACGAAGCUAUUGUAUCUUUGUUAUUAGAAAGAAAGGCCAAUGUUGAACAUCGAACGAAAGAUGGCUGCACUGCUCUGAUGUUUGCUGCCUUGGCUGGCCAUGUUAAGGUAGCAGCCAUGCUAUUAGACCAUAAAGCUGAAAUCAAUGUGGAGUCAGACAGUAACAAGGACAGCCCACUGACCUUUGCUUGCUGGAAGGGGCACUGUGAUGUGGUGGAACUUUUACUUCGUCGAAAUGCCAAUAUUGAACACAGGACAAAGGAGGGCUUCACACCGCUUAUGUUUGCUGCUUUAGGAGGGCAUACUGAUGUCGCUGCAAAGUUACUUGAACAAGGGGCCAAGGUGAAUGUACCAAGUGGCAGCAACAAUGACAUCCCCCUGACAAGCGCUUGCUGGAAGGGACAUCAUGAUGUUGUGAAACUGCUGUUGGAAUAUCACUCGAAUAUCGAACACCGCACAAAGGAUGGUUGCACCCCCCUGAUGCUAGCAGCAAGAGAGGGGCACUACAGUGUUGCUAAACUGAUACUAGACAGUAGAGCAGAGGUCAAUAAGCCAUCGGGWAGUGAAAAUAAUAUCCCUUUAACAUUGGCUUGUUGGAAAGGUCAUACUAAAGUUGUUGAGCUUUUGCUGGACCACAAGUCAAACAUCGAACAUCGYAACAAAGCUGGCUGCACUCCRCUUAUGCUUGCUGCAAGGGAGGGACAUGUUGAAACUACACAGCUUCUUCUCUCAAGAGGGGCUGAAAUCAACAAACCUUCAGGAAGCAACGAUGACACUCCGCUCACCUUGGCCUGCUGGAAAGGUCAUGUUGGAGUGGUUGAAUUACUUUUAAAACAYAACUCUAAAGUAGAUCACCAAACAAAGACAGGCUGUACUCCUYUAAUGGAGGCCACUAGAGAGGGACAUGUUGCCGUAGCCAAGCUUCUACUUGAUCACAAUGCUGAUGUAGAACUACCUGAUAAUUAUGGACAAAGCCCACUGUUUAUGGCAUGUUGGAAAGGUCAUCGAGAUGUYGCUGAACUGCUGUUGGAACACAAUGCUAACAGAGAUUGUAGGACAAAAACAGGGAUUACACCUCUCUUCCAGGCGUGUAGAGAAAAUCAUGUUAAUGUUGUCAAGUUACUACUUGACUAUGGCGCAAGUGUCAAUGCAACAUUCCCAAACAGCAGAGAGAAUCCUUUGACCUUGGCCUGUGAGAAAGGUCACGCUGAACUGGUAUCUUUGUUGCUAAGAAGGAGUGCCAAUCUGGAGUGUCAUACCAAGAAGGGCUGUACUCCAUUCCAUUUGUCUUGUAAAGRAGGUCACCUUGCUAUUGCAAUYGCCCUUCAUGUUAGAGGAGCGGACACUGAGGCGCCUGAUUAUCGCAACAACUCCCCUUUAGUUUCCACCAUGAAGAAUGGUCACGUGGAGGCACUCGAAUGGCUUCUCAACGUAGUUGAUCAUUUGCCAUCAGAGGAGCAGUGUCAAAAAUGCCUCAUGGCACCGAUUGAAGACAAAGAACGACACGAUGAGCUAAUGAUUGGACGAACGAAAUGCUACGACUUGAUUCUAAAGUGUAAAAAGGCAAAAGAACAGAAGGUCCAAAGAAACACAGAACUAUUACUGAAGGAACUGGAAAAUGAGAAAGAAAGGGAAAGCAACCGAAAGAAAAAAGCUGCAGCAAAAAGACGAGAUAAACGAAGAAGACGCAAAGCUGCUAAAGAAAAYGAGCAAGCAAAAGAGUUAAAAGAAGAAGCCCCUCUCGAAAACCGACCACAAGAGGUCGCUGAACCUCCGGAAUCCGAAGAGGAGUCCAGUGAUAUUGAAGACGAAGAAGAGAAGCCCCAAAGAACGAAAGAAAACCACAAAAUAAGAAACAUGUCGCACAAUGAUGAAAAGAUAAAGAUAGAACUCGAUUGUAAUGGAAAAAAUGAUAUCCAUCAAGAUUCGUUUAAGUACACGAACGAGUGCCCGCGGGGACGAGGGAAGCUUAUCAUCGAUGAAGAGACGUCACUAGUCGGUUCUAACGACCGACAACAUCAACAGAACCAAGAUUCACCUAAUGACUUUGAAGAACGAAAGUCGUCUGGAUUUGACUCGAAGAGCAGAAGCAAAAAGAAAGGAGAUAUGAAUAACUUUCCUAAGGAGGUGCAUUUAACGAAAGAAAAUUGUUCAAGGCCAGAGGUUAGUUCUUCGUCGAGAGAGGUGAGCUCAAAGGAGAGCAGUAACUCAACGCAAGAAAUCAACACUUCGUCAAAAGAUUCCAACAACUCAAGAGAUGCCAAUUGCUCGCAAAAAGAGGACAAGAAAAAAGCCUUAUUAAACAACAAGGCAAACAAAAGCAAAGACGAAAAAGACAACGAAAUUAAGACCAAAAACUUAAACACUGUAAACACUGUUCGCAACGACACAAAACAAGAGAAAUCGAAACGAGACAGUUCUCAAAAACACAAUAGCGUAGGGACUAGUGCUCACUUUAACAAGACUAACACAGGUACCCCGAACAUCACAACUAGUGCAGUAAGUGUGUCUGACAAAGAAAGGGUGAGUGAAGUUACAACCSGUCACCCUGUGUCACCGAGAGAUCGAAACAAGCAGCAGCCGUCACCGAAAUCGUCACCUGAGUCAGAUAAAGAUACGGAUAAGAUUGCGAAAAGACGAUCUAAAGAAGUGAGCAAUGGAGUCGACGUAGGCACGUCAGGUGAAUACAUUAAACAAAAGACUGCUUCACGAGGGAGUACAACGAUGGGCCAAUCAUCGACAUCUGUCAAGACUACCACAACAGAAAACGACAAAGAGCAAAAACCGCUUCCAUCACCACGAUCCAAGCCACAUCAACAGCAGCAAGUUUUAAAAGAGGAAAGCUGGAAGGAAGUUACUCGUACAACUAAUUCGAAAACAAUGGUAGUUCAACUGACGGCUCCAAAUGCUUUAUGUGGCCGUGUUAUCGGAAGAGGAGGAAGUAAAAUCAACUCGAUAACGGAGGAGUCUGGUGCUCAAAUAACCAUCGGCAAGCCAGAACCUAAAGCCCCUACAGAUCGCGUUAUAACUAUCAAGGGAUCUACCAAAUCAGUUCAACGUGCAAAGUUUCUGGUUACACAGGCUCUUAAUACACCAAGUACAAGUGGCCAAGCAACAAAUGGGACGCCCACUUACACAACAACGUCCUCCGCCAUUUCAUCGAACCACCUUACCGCUAAAGGAAACUUCCCUGCUCUUAAUUCAUCGUCAUCAGAGUGGCCAACGAUUACCCAAGCGAACACUCUGACAUCAACCACGGUGGUUAAAUCUAUUAAAGAUACAUCGCCUGAAACCAUGUCUACUGUYGACAUCCCACAGGAAGUAUCGAAAACUCACAGUCGUUCAACGUCGUCUGGUAGCUCGGACAGUGGCUAUAGUGUCCAACCCGAUUCUAACAAAUCGUCAGCUCAAGUAUCCAAGACAACAACAGUGGCGUGGUCCAAUCAUGUCGCUUGGAAACCMAACAGAGYGACGCAAAGUAUAGGCGUGUCRACCAGUGCUGUGACYACGUGCGUGAGUAGUAAUCCAAUCAAUGGRGUCGCGGAUACCAAACAUAUUACCGCCAUUACUAGUUCACUGCAGSCUGUACAUAGUAAAGAAUUACAUUGCUCUACUACCGCUGACAUCAAGGGCGUUGUAACAACUAUAGCAGCUAUCACUCGUGCUGAGGCUACCACGGCGCAAAGAGACUUAAUAGAACCCGGACGUCCCUUAGAUACCAUGGCGAAUACCGAGAGCUAUGUUUCGAUGUGGUCAAACGCUCGACAAACGGAAGAGAAUUGUGACAUCAAAGGUCCUUUCGGAGCUAUCGGUGACAUUCCUUGUGGAAACUCAGUACUGCAAGAAACUUCACCCAGCUUUUCAUCUCGACGAAAAGAGCCAUUGAUUUCGGAAACAACGAAUGCGGUUCCACGACAAUCACCUCCUUCGGCAAGGGCGACUAAGUUUUACAGCCCAUGGUCGACCCAACCUACAGGCAUCACGGAUAUCAGGCGCGAAAACGCAUUCUCCUCUAACGCUGAUAAAUAUGAGGGAGCGCUUCCAGGAAUGGAGUUGUUUGCUGGAUCCAACAGUCUUUUUAGUCGGUCGAUACAGUCUUAUCCUUGGUCGAGUGGUGAAGACGCUGACCAACUAGAUCGUGCGCGAAGUGUGAGCUGGUCGGAACAGCCUGAUUUUGAUAACCAUGUUUCCGUACACCAACCUUCAUCAAAUCAAUCCGAUCUUCAUAAYGACCAACGACCMAUGGGGAACGCCUGGUCGUGGGGCCAGAACAAAGCAACUCUACCGUCCGCUCUCUCAGUUGUAUGUGACGAUAACACCCCUGAUAAACAAGCGUGGAAUAACUCGGACAGUACGAGUAGUAGUCAGAGUAGCAGUCGACAAGAGUUGAAUUCAAUCAUGGACAACGAAGGGACAAGUGGCAACAUGUGGUCCUCGACGAACUUCGAUGAYAACCUCACCCCUACUCCCCAUAGUAGUCAUAGCUCAAGUCUACCCCACCCUGACCAGGGUACAUCUCAGUGGAACUCGAACCGGGGGGCCUUUAGUGCACCAUCAUCGCCUUCAAUGCCUCGCUCACAAAGCCAACCUGAACCAACGUCCAAAUCACCAAGUCGGCCGUCUGUCGACGAUAAUGGCGUUAAGUCCUGGAAUAAGAACAAGAGCCCGCGAUCACAAAGCAGCAGUGAUGCGACUCCAGGAUGGAAUCACAAUACACAGGGAAACCGACGGUCCAGUGGCGAUAUGCCGUUUGUCAGUGAGAUAAGCAGCACAAGUCCGUGCUCGGCCGACUUCCUGGCCAGCUGUAAGUAACAGCUUUUCAAAUCCUGGUAAUGGUUACCUCAAAACGCAACACCCUCCAACUGUAGURACCCAAUCAAGCAACAAAAUGAAACCAAGCCCGAGUAUAAUGGAAAACCAUAACCAUGUCCACGCACACACCGAGCCAGGUAUGACGCCUUUAGCCAUCAAGAAAGCUCUUCAAAAACAAGAAUGUGACAAUCCRCCACAACCGACCGUGUUGCCGAACCAUUGCGGGAGUAACCAUAGCAACCAGCCGUUACUGUCCCUCAUGUCCCAUGGUCGAGGUGUCAAUCAAACUCCGCACAGUCAUCCCAACCAUAACCACAACCACACAGAAUACGGCGGUGGGCUGCCCCCCAGGCCUCACUCGGCUUCAGGCAACUUAAGUAGUGCCCAGGUCUUUAGUAACAACUCCAACACUGCUCAUAUUGACCACUUUCCAUAUGGAGGCCAACAGGGACCAUACGUCAAUCAUGUGACCACGUACGCCCAACAGAUGUAUUAUCCGGGGGGGUACUACUAUUACUACCCUCAACAGUAGMCCAUCCCUUCCUUUUCGAUACCAUUUUGAGAUUUUGUUCUUCCAUUUAAUUUAUUGAUUCUUUCUAAAUCAUCAAAAUGGGACUUUCUUUGCGUUGAUGGCUAUUUUGGUUGAUUAUGUGGGAUUUAUGAUUGUAAACAAGUUUUAUUCAAGGGGAACACGCAUGUCUUGGUAGGUUGUCACGUGGUUAGCACGUAUGUUUCGCCCAAUUAAAAUCUCUUAUUGUGAA